GGGCAGCUGCUCAGCUGUUCGUCUCUGGCGGUGUGAGACGAAGCCGCUGUUCAGCGUCUCCCAUUUCUUUUAGCCUCGUUGUUUAUUGCUACAUUUUUGUUUAGUUUGUUUCAGUCGACUAUUUCCUUGUUGUUGUUGUUUAGCUCGAUGUGAUUGCUUCGUUUCGCCUUCUUCUUCGCGUUUGUAUCGACCCGCGUGUCGGUAACAACCACCACCACCAUCAUCACCAUCACCACCCGCCUCUCUUCUUUCUCUGCGUGGCCGACAGCCACAUCGCGAUGGGCGACAAAAGAAGCCCCACAAGGCCGAAGAGACAGGCGAAGGCUCUGUUUGAGGAGGCAUACUGGGACUGCAGCGUGUGCACGUUCAGGAACAGGGCGGAGGCGUUCAAGUGCAGCAUCUGCGACGUGCGGAAAGGCACGUCCACACGGAAGCCCCGACUUAAUUCACAGCUCGUCGCCCAGCAGGUGGCUCAGAAGUUCAGUGUUCCCACCAAGAAGGAGAAGAGGGAGCGCGGUGAGAAAGAGAAGCUGGACAAAGACAGAGAGGCGUCUUCCAGCACAAGCAAGAGGAAUCUGAACAAAAAAACAAGGCCCAAGCUGAAGAACAUCGACAGGAGCAGUGGGCAGCAGCUCGCGGUCACCGUGGGCAACGUCACCGUCAUCAUCACCGACUUCAAGGAGAAGAAGCCCACGGCAGGUGCCGGCGCGGUGGCGACGGGCCCCAAGGGUCCGUCGGCGGGCGGGGCGGCCCGGGGCGGUUCGGAGAGGGGCGGCUCCAGCUCCGACAGCAACACGGAGAGAGAUGAGCCCUCGCACCCGACCUCGCCGCAGAGGGACGAGUCGCUGAGCGGAGACUCGCACUGAAGCGGCGGUGGAGGUGGCGGUGUUAGGGGGAGGGGGGUGGCGAGCGUAGGAAUCCGUCGCAGAUUGAUUUGCGUGCUGUGAAGUCUCUUUAAAGUGCUCGGAGAGUGGCGAAAUUUCAAUUUGGCUUCUUUUUGGCAGGCCCAAAAAUAGUGCCGUGUUUUUAUCGCUGUAUGCAUUUGCACCGGAACUACACUGAGAAUCAGUUUUUAUAGCCGAGGUAAAUGUGUGCCUUGGUCAACCAUAUUUUUUCCCAACUUCUAAAACCUUAUAAAAUGCUGCGUAAGCAUAUCUUAUACCAGCAGUGUUUUUUUUUUUCCAUAGGCUGUAUCACGCCGACUUUUCAGUGUACAGAAAUUUAAGGUCAAUUCACCAAUGAACUUGUAUAUGCCACAUUUCACUGUGAUAAACCUCAGCACAAACAUUGGGUGCUGAUGCGCCAAAACUUAUCUGACAUUAGAGACUGUCAAACAAAAAGUUAGUAGUUAAUUUAGAGCAAUAAGUGCUUUCAAAAUAGAAACAAAUGUAAAAUCUGUUGGUGCUAAUGUUUUGGCCUCAAAAAAAAUGUACGUGUUUAUUUAUACAUAAACAAUGGAGCUGAACCUUUUUUACUUUAAUAACAUACGUGUCAUUUUAGUAUAACAAGUGAAUAGUAGUAGCUCUACAGCACACACUGGCACUGCAAAUAAUCUGCAUUGCUCAGUAAGUACAAAGCUUCUAUUCAAUUUGGCUGUGUAAAAGACAAUGGCGUUUUUACAAUACAGUACAGGGAUUUCAGACGGUUAACUUUAUAUAUUGCUGUCCGUAAACAGUUGUUUUUCUCUAUUGCGGUUGUCCCUUUCCAAUGCGUGGCAAGAAUACGUUUGUGGUGCCUUGUGUUUGUACAUACUACAUCGGUGGCUGUAUCGUGGUGUGCGCUUCUGUGCUAUUGGCUGUGCCAGCUGCUAUGCGAGACGUUUUUUUUCGGCCAUGGCACUGGCAUUUAAAUGUGGGGAGGGCUUGCUUGCCGCAUAUAAUUUGAACAUGUUCUCAUGAUCUAAUCGAGUGCAGCACAUAUUCGGCCUGGCAAGUGAGAGCACAUUGACACUUGCCCAAUUAACUAUUUGUAUCUGGGAUAUGAUUAAGCCAUAGGUGUGCACUCCACAAUGUCGGUGUGAUUAUCAGAAAGAUAAUGAACCCUGCCAAAUGCACAUGGUUCUGUAAAAUCUUUGCUGCCCAGUUUGUUACGGACACUCGCUUAACAUUCGGUUUUUGGAGUUUAAUUUAUUAUAUCUGCAUCAAUUUGCGUGCGAGUUGAACCGCACGCUCCCCUUAGCGUACGUCGCCGUACAAGCGACAGCGUCACACCGAGCUUGUAAAGCGCAAUCUUGGCACGGUUUUUGUGAAAUCUAGACCACAGAUUGAAUUGUGAGGUUCCCAUCAUGCGAAUUGCAUCCUUCAGGCUGUAAGGGGGUCUUGGAUCGGUGUGGUGGUUUGUGGGGUUCACACAAGGGCGAGAUUGAAUCGGCCUUCAUGUUGGGACUGCCGAGUUGUGAACAAACGCAGUCACACUCCACACACCGAUGCAUAAUCUGUUCAAUAUGACGGGAGCUAAACACAUUUUCUCACUCACUUCAUGGUCGAGGGUGAGAAGGAUCUGCGUGGAAUGUGCUGUAUGGCCAACCGUUAUUAGGAAAACACAAUCCCUGAAAAGGACUGAGAAAUAAACAAAAAUUAAAACUGUACUAUCAUCGAAAAUAAUGGCAAGAGCUCAAUGUAGCUCACCUCUCCAUAUGCUGUGGGACACUGGCAUUCUGUUAGCUCAGCAUAGUAGUUGGCACCUUCAUUGCUUGGAAUAAACUUGAUGGAACUUGAAUGGAAUGAAAGUACUCUAUAGAUAUACUUAAAUAUAUACCUAUAUUAGAAAUUAUUGUGCAAAUUCGAAUACAUAUAUAUAUUGUAGUCUGUUGCUUUGUAUUUCAGCUAUGCAUUCAAAUAUUCUUGAUUCUGUAACAGUGCCUCUACGGCAAGUUUGUUAGUGUUUUACCUGUUAACUAUUGGUGUUGAGAAGAAAAAAAAAACCGUAACAUUGUAUUAAAUCUUGCAGCCCUUGAGGAAAGCAAUUGCUAAAGGUGAAGAUGCAGAGUUUUAAUAUAAAUAUUUCUGGUUCGUCUAAAAUCUCAAUCAUAGUGUAGUUUUAAAUGAAAGCCUUUCCAAUGCCACUUGGCGUAAACCAGACCUGUCAUUAUCAAUUUAAACGAUGGAACAAUAAAAUUAAAUAAUAGCCCUACUGUGAAAUCGUAACUCACAAGAAAAAACACACAUUAAUGUGAUCCCUUGCAUAUUUAUUGGUGCUAGUGCAAAAGCAUGCCUCAUGUAAAACCGAUAUUGUGGUAUGUUUUAUGUGUGUAGUCGUUUAAGCCCUCGUUAAUAUCCACAUCAAUCGUGCCCCUGUUGUACUUAAAGCACUUACACGUGGCUAAAUUAAUUUCGGUAAUUGUUUUGUGUCUUAUGAGAGACUAAUUAUUGCCGUGCAUAUGUGUGCAUGUGUGUUUGCGUGUGCUGUACCGUAUGUGCACAAUACAAUACUUUUGUUGUGACGAAACAUAACCGAGUAUGUUAUGGCAAGACGCGUACAUGACGGGGAAAAAUAAAAUGCGUCUGUAAUAAUCAAUGACUGAUAAUUUACAAUGAUGCAUUAUGGAAUUUAUUGUGACUAUCAGUAUGCAAAUACGAUUACAAUGAGUGUGUGUGUGCGCGCAUGCAUAUAAAUGUACACAGUAAUACCACGACUUGCCAGAUUUUUUGGCAUUUCCGCACCUCAGAUUAGGUCGGCUCUGUACUGCGUGAAAGAAGUUCAGCAUGUAUGCGUACAUACAUUUAGCCGGACCAAUGCCAGACAAAUGACGAACUCAUUUGGUGCACGUAACGAUGCUCCCAGGGCACCAGGCUUGCAGGCAAUGCAGGUCCACAGUUGCUGUGGCCCAGACGGUAUUGCCACUGUGUGUAUACUGUUGAGCUCCCUGUAAUGCCCGCGACCUCUUGUUUUCUUGCUUUCGGCCCUUCAUUGCUUUGCCUUCCUUCGGAUUAUCUCGCCUUCUGUUACAGUGCUUGGAUGUUGCCUCGCCUUCUCUCAUUGUGCGCGUUGACUGCUUGUGUCUUGUCGGAGUUGCGAUACGCACAGUACAUUCAUUAUAGCACAGUCGGUUUUUUUUUCCUUCUAUAUACAUGUAUUUUCUUUUACGGUCGAGUAAAUGUAUUUAAAAAGAAAUUAUUUCAAAUAAUUUUAGUCGCUGUAUGUUUUUAACGGUAGGUUUUAUUUCGAGGGUUAUUUCAUUAUUGUCGCAUGAUUUUGAUUAUUUUUUUGCAGCAGGCUGGACCGAGGCUCCCCCCCCCCCCCCGCCGCUUUAUUAGUCUGCAUAUCGAUCAACAGCCGUGAUGCUACACAACCCAAAAUAAGAGGUUUCGCUUCAUGCGCUAAGAUGCAGCAAAGCAGAAACGGCACGUAAGGAGGCAGCUGCCUGCUGAGGAGCGCACAAAGUAGACACACAACGCUGUCCCACGUUCCCACCACAUCGCCGCAAUGUCGAGUGAAUGCAAACCGCACGGAGCGGAAAUGUUGCGUAGAAGUAGGUUCGGAGCGCGAGAUCGCACAAGUCGAACCCGCGUCGAGUGAGAGAAACCUGUAUCUCGCGAAAUUUAAGUGGCACAUUUUAAAAAUAGAAUGUAGGACAGCGGUUAGGUGGUUUGAUUCGCCGCGAAAUUGCGUUUGAAUAGAAGUUAGCUGCCCAUGAUAAUAGCAGGUUCUCUAAAGUGAUGGUCUGAGCCUAGUCACUCGUAACUACAACGACAACAAAACAAAUGAUUGCUUUGAACGUUUUGCUUAUUUUUGGAAGAGUAUUUUAACUUUUGAGAAAUACACCAACUUUACUUGCCGUGUGAUGAGAAUUGUUUUUCUGUAGCACGGCGAGCUGGAAAGUUCAGCCCCCCCCCCACCCCCUAAUUCUAGAUUGGAAGCUUUCGUGACUGCAAGGAGUCAUACUCUUAGGUUUUUUCGGUAAAGUCACGUAAGUAAAAAAUAAUAAAAUAAUAAUAAAUGAAAAUAAAUCUAUUAAAUCACGACGUUUCGGAGGCAACACAAGUCUCUGUUUUCAGGUGGGACCGUCACAGCUAAAUUGAUUUACCUGUUGUCUCAAAGAGGCCACGUUUGAGCACUAGUCCUGAGAUGUCUCCUGAGAUGUCUCCUCCUGGCUUUGGUCUACCAAUAAUUGUUGCACUGCUCUGCAAAAAUCCCACAAUGGAUGGAUACUUUGUCUCAUGACAUGACACCGAUAGCAUACAUUGGAAUCUCCUUCGAAAGACAGGAAUGUUUGCAGUGACAUGAUCCAAUCGCAGGGGUUAUUUUUGAAAGUGUCUGUCCGUGCACGGCAGCUAAAAAGUAAAAACUUUGGAAUUUGAAUUCCUAUUUCAUUGCCUUUCAUACACCUUUGAUCAACGCACUAGUCACAUUGCAAAUGCAGAACUGUAUUUUGGUCACUAUAGUUCUACUGUUCAUCUACUUUAUAUAGAAUUUGCAACAUUCUACAACGCACAUGGCAUUUUGAAAACACUUCCUCAGAUACUUUAUUUUCUUUGGUUGCAUUAAAUUAUAUUUCAAAAACGGAAGUGGUGUAACCAAGACGUAAUUUCUCGAUGGUUUCAGCAACGUGACUAGGCUGACUUGGAAUAGGGAUUAUCAGCACUACAACGAGAGUACAAAAGUAUGCCUGGCCUUGAUAAUUCUUCUAUAUGCCUAUAAUCCUAUAAGCAGAUUUAUAUAUAUAGAAAACAUGCAGAUAAGAGAAGGGCAUAUUAGCAGUGCUCUGGAUUGGUCUGGCUCAAAUUAAGCACCUGGGUGUAACUCUUGCAUUAUAUAAGCCCUCUGCAUGUAGCCAAUAGCAAAAUGCUAUGCCAUUACUUGCUGUGGACAUGCAUACAUUACAGGCAACUUCAAUACUUCAGAUUAUUAUAAAUAUAAAUUGUUCGUAUGAUCUCGUGUUUCAAAUUCAGUACCAAAAAGCAGUUUGAAGAAAAAUGUUCUUCAAAGUGACAUUCAUAUCUGCAUGUUUGUCAGCCUUAAGUAUGUUAAUGCAUAACGUUUUGUGCUGACUUUUUGACAAAUCAUAUAUUGAGCUAUUAAAAUAAUGUUUAAUAUUGUAUUAUUACUAUUGUUAUGCCAUAAUAAGCAUAUCAGAAAAAAACGUGGUUAUCUUUCAGAAUUUCCUGCGAAUAAAUGUCGAUGCGUCAUGUUUGACAAGAUUGUUGUUGAUGUAAUCAUAUGGAUGGACUGAAUAUUCUCGGUGGGUAGUUGACAAAUACUUGAAAUGUCUAAGUGGUGCUAGUACAUAUUACGUAUUAUACGUGGCUUGUUUUACACUUGUUUCACCUUUUAUACUUUGUCUAUUUGCAUACAUUAGCAAAAGUAUUGGCUUAUUCAUUUGUCCUCUGACUCAUUUUUGUAUCAUAAAGUAUAAUAAAUUACACAAUAUUGCUUUUGGAGUGUUGCCAUUUCCUCUCACAA